ACGUCACCGGCGGCGCCGCCAGAUCCGGGGGCCCUGUGAAGCCUCACGUUCCGAGUUCCCCGGAGGCCGUUGGCGGGACCGGUGGCUGUUGGCCGAGAGUGUACCGGGCAAAAUCCCCACGUGGGGUGGCGGCUGGUGCGCGGAUCCCGGCGGGAGAGAAGCGAAACUUAGAUCAUACUGUUCCCCAUCAGGAGCUUCUCAAAACAGAAACUAAGUACAAUAGAGUGAAAGGGAAGCCAUGCAGAAAUCAGAGUGCCAGAGAGGCGUGCAGCUGAGGAACAGAGUGACAGAUAACUGUGAUCAAAGAUCAUCAAGUGCACAAAUAAAACAAAGGACUACAGUUCCACAAAGCAAAUCGUCAUCGUCAACCAGUUCUCCAGAACCUGCAAGAAAACUUCAUCCUCGACCAAGUGAUAAACUGAACCCUAAAACAAUUAACCCGUUUGGUGAACAGUCACGAGCCCCGUCUGCAUUUGCAGCAAUUUACUCUAAAGGAGGCAUUCCUUGCAGAUUGGUCCAUGGUUCAGUAAAACACAGAUUACAGUGGGAGUGUCCUCCUGAAAAUCUUCCAUUUGAUCCUCUUCUUAUUACUUUAGCUGAGGGUCUGAGAGAGACUAAACAUCCUUACACCUUUGUGUCAAAGGAGGGGUUUAGAGAAUUACUUUUGGUGGCAGGUGCUCCUGAGAAAGCUGUGCCUUUGCUUCCUAGACUGAUUCCUGUGCUGAAGGCGGCCCUGGUCCAUUUGGAUGAUGAAGUGUUUGAAAGAGGACUGAAUGCUCUGGUGCAGUUAAGUGUCGUCGUUGGUCCUUCUCUAAAUGACCAUCUGAAACAUCUGCUUACAAGUGUACUGUGUAAGGCAUGGGAACGUGGCGCUCAACAAAAGCAGGUAUGCCCCCCGCCCCCGUGGAGACUGGUUUUUGUUUCUGGGGAGAAGUAAGUAGAAGGACAGGCACCAAGAGAGCUGGGUGGGGUGAAGAGGAAGCCGUGCGUGAGGAGAAGGCUCCUCCCCAGACUGGGGGCUGGUGAGGACCAGAGCCUUUGCUUCCUGCACAUUGUGACAGAGAGAAAAGGCCAGAUCAGCAAUUAACGGUAGAACUAGUUUUUUGAAGCCUUUCUGGGACACUUGAGUUAAUCUUUGUUCACUCACUUUUCUCCCCCGAGCUCUGCUUUUCCUGAGACACGGACUGACUGAACGGGCCUCUUCCCUUCACCUGGGGGAGGCCCCUGUGGUAUUCCACAGAGGAGAGGCCUUGGGAACAGGACCUGUGGGGAUUCGGCCCUGGUCUGUUAGCUGCGUGCCCUGUGCCCUGAGGCUCCAUCGAGGCGCUGGAGGGCUCCCUUCCUCCCUCACCCACCCCACUCCACCCCUCCCCCUUCAGCCCCGGGGCUCCAUUUUCACGACUCAUAGAUCUCUGUUACCAGAGAGUAGGCCCUUGUCUCCCACAGGAAAGUGAAAGCGAGCUUAUUUAGCAAGAUACACCCUCCCUAGACAGAAUAUGGUCUUUCUCAGCAGGGAGAGCAGCCCUGGGUUGUGGGGGUGGCUAGUUUUUAUGAGCUGGGUAAUUUCCUAUGCUAACAAGUGGGAGAUUAUUCUGUUCUGUUUGGGGGAAGGGGCAGGGAUUUCCAGGAAUUGGGCCCCUACCCAUUUUUCGGCCUUUCAUGAUCAGCCUGGGAACUGUCUUGGCACCUGUGGUGCAUCAUUUAGCAGCUAAUGUCUUACCAUGAGUGUAUAAUGAAGCUCAAGUUCCCCUGUGAGUGGAAUCGUCCACCAUCUGGGGCCUAGUUGGUUCUAACCAGUUUGUAUUCUACCCUUGAUGGCGAUGUCAUUCUCUUAGCGGUUGUGCCCUGCCGCCUUCCUCCUGCCUCACUCCUACAGUAGAUGUUUAUUUGAAGAAAUGAUUCAUCUUCUAGAAAAGUAAUUUCAAAACCAGUUACUGAACCUAUAGACAACUAAUUUUCUUCAUAUGCAAAAUAAGUCACAGCCUUUCUGAGCUUCAGCUCUGAGAGUCUGACCCUAGGAUGGGGAUCCUCAAACUUGAAAGAGGAAAUAAAUGAAUCACCUGGGAAUCUUGCUAAAAAUACACAACCUGGGCCUUUGUCCUGAGAUUCUGGUAAAAUUAUGGGACCAAGAAUCUACUUUUUCAGAGAGUAUCUCCCGUGAUUCUUAUGGUGGUGGUUCAUGGUCCCCUGCCCGAGGGGAACAUGGUCUGAAGAAAGCAAACGUAAAACCUGUAAGGGGUACUUUUUCUUGUCCAUCCCCAGGACAUUGAUAAGCCCUGCCUGUCCCCUCCUUUAGAGUUGCUUUUCUCACAUUUUUAAAGUCUUUCUGGGAGUCUCUUCUGACCUCCCUAACCUUUGACGACCUGGCUGGAAGGACCUGUUACUCAGUGCUCAAUGGUGAGAAGUCCUCCUGGGUAACUUCCGGGUCUGGGAAGGGGAAGAACUGGAAACCAAGUCUAGGGCGGGGGCUUUCUCUGUGUUUGGUCACUGAGUGAUUCUUACCUGGGCUCCAUUUGUAUCCCCAGAAAGUGGAGUCAUGAGCAAGUCCUGCUCUAGCUGGAACAUUCAGGUCUUUGGGUGAGCUCUGCAGACAUCGGGAGAACACAGUUACAAGUUGUACCUGAGGACCUGAAUUGCCCUCUUGGCUCCUGUUCUUCUCACCUGUGCUCCCCCGUCUCAGGGGUCCACCCAUCCAAGGAGGCCCCUUCAGGAUGUGGCUGGGGGCGAUAGGCGGUCUUGCGGGUUUUAGUCUGAUUCUUUUACCUGUCACUGUUGUUGAAUUAAUUAUUCCUGUAAACACGCUGUUCUGUGUUGUCUCUUCCUUUUUUGAUUAUAGGAAACGUGUUUAGAGGCUUAGCUUUCCGUCCUAGUCUUCCAGAUGCUCUUGCAAAUUAUGAAAUGGGGAAGCAUGCAGUUUCUUAGAAAACUUACUCUGCAAAACUUACAGUAUGGUAAUACUGUAGCAGAUUUUGUUGGAUUGGCAUUAUUUCAAAUAAUUAAAUUUUUUAAACAAAAACAGUAGUGUUUAUUAUAUACAAAUUUUAACGAGAUGCUUCAUAAAAGAAGCCUUGAAAUCUAAAAUCAAGUGGGGUUUAUGUACUUCCUAUACAGUUGAGAUGUAAUGGUAUUAUUUCUAGUUAGCCUGCUUUUUAGUGAAGUUUUACUUAUGUUUAUGGAGAAUAAUGCUCCCUUUUCAAAUCAUUUGUUCCCUUAAUCUUA